AUGGUCGGAAAGAAAUCGGGAAAGGCUCUCCUUCGGGAUGAAGGCCUGGAACGAACGGAUAACAAUAUGGAGUUGUCCAACUGGCCUCAAGUCCCUGCGAUCAACCAAAAGAACUACUAUACGGAUUAUCUAAAACGGGACGACCAGUAUUUGGCAUUUAGGCUUCAGAAUGAAGAAAACCGGAACCAGAUGGCUAAAACAGCCAAGGACCGAGACCGUGCUUUGGCUAUGGCCAAGGCAAAUGACCUGGGUAUCCCUGAGCCAGAGGCGGAUGGUGAUGGCGACACCAACAUGGAAGAUUCCGAAGAAGCUGCGGCGGAAACGGCUGGGUCCAAGGUUAUCGUGAUCCAUGUCGGUAGCCAGAACUUGCGGAUCGGACUGGCUAGCGAUGCCUUACCGAAAACCGUCCCUAUGGUGAUUGCGCACAAGUCCACUACGAACGAGGCCGAGGAUCACGAAGAACCAUAUCCCAAGCGGCAGAAGAUGGAUGAUGGCUCUGAUAUGGAGCCCGAGAAACAGUUCGGUCCUGAGUUUGCAUCACAGUAUACGACCAUGUGUGCGGAGUUGAAGACGCAUAUGCGACAGAACAAGCGCCGGACCCUGCCAAACUCGAAGGAAAUGGUCAUCAACUAUAACCGAAGAACUGUCCCAGAGCCUAUCUCCGAACACAACGAUCCAUUGCGCGUGGAUUGGACCGAACUUUCGAAUCCUCCACCCGAACACAUUGCCGGCCAACCGGCACUUAGAAUCCCAGACGAGUCGAAACCACGCUAUAAACUAUAUUGGCCGUUACGAUAUGGGUGGUGCAACGAAAGAGAUUAUAAGAGCAAACGACUCAUGUUCCUGGACUUCUCGCUGAUCCUGGAGCAUGCAAUCAAGAGCCAGCUAGGCCUCACUAGCAAGAAGGAAUGGCCACAGUACUCAUGUGUCUUUGUCAUCCCGGACCUGUAUGAGAAAGCAUAUGUCUGCCAGAUGCUGGAGAUGCUGAUGAAGGAGUUUGCGUUCGCCCGCGUCUGUUUCAUCCAAGAGAGUCUAGCUGCUACUUUUGGGGCUGGGUUCACCUCGGCCUGUGUGGUCGACAUUGGCGCGCAAAAGACGUCGAUAUGCUGCGUGGAGGAGGGAAUGUGCAUCGAGAACUCUCGCGUAAACCUGAAAUACGGUGGGUCAGACGUGACAGAGACGUUCAUCAAAAUGAUGCUUUACGAUCACUUCCCUUACGCCGACAUCAACCUGUGGCGUAGGUACGAUUACCUAUUGGCGGAGGAGCUCAAGAAGAAGAUUUGUACGAUGAACGAAGCCAGUGUCUCAGUACAAGUUUUUGAUUUCCACCUCCGCGUCGCUGGCCAGGACACGAGGAAAUACGCUUUCAAGGCGUAUGACGAGGUCCAUCUAGCUCCCAUGGGCUUUUUCCAGCCCUCCAUCUUUGACAAUUCUUUGAAAAUCAAGGACCGCAGAACUUUGAUCUCCCCUUCAGUCGACAUAUACGAUGGUCAGCCGAACGACCCGACGUCUGCAGCGCAGUCAGAGAUUCUGUCUUUGGUUGCCCCUCCCACCGCCAGUACACAAGUGAAUGGAGAUUCGCAAUCGAGUACACUGGACGUUCAAUCGACACCAAGCCGUUCGCAGCCGGUCAACGCUCUCAGCCGCGUACAGGAGCUGGAAGCUACUACGCCACGAUCUUCUGUGGCUGGCUCCCCUGGGCCCGAAACCGUCGGCACGCCGCAGGCUGGGGGUGGUGGCACCUCAGGUGGCAGUCAAGCUCAGAACGCACCGCAGCGUCGUGUACCCACUGUGGAAGAACGGGAUGAUAUUGUCCCGGUUUACCCCCUGGAUCAAGCGAUCCUCACGUCUAUUGCACAUGCCACUCGGAAUGAAGAGCGCAAGAUGCGAGAUUUCCUGGGUGGAAUCAUGAUCGUAGGGGGUGGAAGCCAGGUCAACGGCUUCCAUGCAUUCCUGGAGGAGCGUCUGCAAGCUCUUCGGCCUGGGUUUGCUAAGGAGAUCAUGAUUGGCACGCCUCCUAGAGAUCUUGACCCCCAGGUCGUCGUCUGGAAGGGUGCCAGCAUCUUUGGGAAGUUGAACUCAACCAACGAUAGCUGGAUUGGGCAGUUAGAGUAUGACAGACUGGGGCAUAGGUUGAUGGCAUACAAGUGCAUUGAUCUCUCUAAACAUUUUCUCUCUGGCCUUCCAGAGCUGUGUCCAUUUGAUCUUAGUGAGGAAGGCGCCAGAUCUCUUGUGUCAACAUUGGAUAUUUCACCACUGUAUCUCUCUUCUUCGCUGGCCAUACCUUCUUCGUCUCCGUCUCCAGCGCCUCCCAUUGUCUCGCGAUAUAUCACAGUUGGGGAUUGUUCUGGACCUGACAUGUCGAAAUCUAAGGAUAGCAGCUCCUCCGGGGGCUUUCAUCAGGAGUACAUAGCGUCGUUGCGCUAUCGCAAUGACCUACCUCCUCCUGACAUGCCCCCGAAGUUCUUGGAUAUUCCCCACGAAGGUUUAGAACGACUCCUCACACCAGGUUUUGCUUCGAACUUGGCUCGUCGCGAAGAACCGAACAUUGACGUCGACGCGGAAGGCGGGAUGCCAAUUGACUUGGUCGGCAUCCCGGGCCUUCAUUUGGGCGACGAGAGUGCGAUCAUGGCUGCCGAGAACCCGGAUCCUAUCGACCCCGCCGAUCUUCCUCUUCUGAUGACGCUGGAGCAGCUGAAGAACCCCGCUCCGAAGAACGCGAACGUGAGCUUCUUGCGCCGCACACAGUACAUUUCCGCCGGUGUUCGUGCACCGGAGGGGCCCAAGGUCACUCCAAUUCGGCCUAAACAGCGCCAGAACGAUAAGGCGAAAUCGCAAGACGACCCCGCCUACGUUAAGAAGUACAUCCAGAAAGGAUUCGAUAUCGCAUACCCGGAGAGCAAGCAUACGGGCGACGACACAGCGAGUAAAAUCAAGGGGCACACAGCCACGAAGCUCGAACACGAUGCAUGGGCUACUCCAGUUCACCCUGAUAAUCCUAAAUUGAAGCCUGUUGGCUUCUACCCUCUGCUGCCCGACCUGCAAGGGUUUCCCGACCCUGGCGGUUUCGUUCAGUUCAAGUUCGACAAGGCGCCGGUUCAAGAUUUCUCUGGAAAGCGAGACAAGCGAAUGGAUGCUGCGGUCCUCCUCCCGUCGGCACCCGAGGAACGUGUCUGCCAGGAACACGCGACCAAGGCCACCUUGCAUAAGACAAAUCCCAAACUCUAUCCCGAUCCCGGCCCUAUCCCGUGGGACUACGAUUUGUUCCUACCUGAGAAGAAGGAUUCGGCGAAGGAUGUCCUGGCGAGCAUGCAUCUGCCCAAUCCGGACCGCAACAACGAAGAACUAUAUACCAACGAAGGACCCGAUCAUUCCAAGUUCCACCGUUACACACGCAUCCGCACUUAUGCCACCAGCGCACAGACUCUCGGGGCUGAUAACAGACAAAAAGACGUUGCGCUUACCCUUUUCGAUCCCGCAGAAUUGAAGGAAGGGCAGGCAAGCGAAGUAUCGACCAAGCAGAAAGCCGCCUAUUACUAUCCGAUCCUCGGAAAGACACGCCUGAAGCCCGAGCGUGCACGUACCAUUGCCCAGGCGGGUCUGGCGCCUACGCGCCCCAAGACAAAGGAAGACCAAGUCGACCAGCUGCAAGUCGUGGUGCGCGAUCCUGACGAAGCCGAGGUGUAUAAGCGCGGUCUGUACAGAGCCGCCAUUGACCCGAAAUUUGCCAAAACGAUGCCUCCGCCCCCCGAGGAGCCGGAGGAGGAGGCGGUCCAGGAGGCGGAAUCGCCUAGAGAGAAUGAGGAUAGAGAUCACGAGCCCGCUGGCGGUGAGGAAGCGGACCGGAUGAGUGAUGAGUAGCGCAUUUCCUCCUGUAUAUUCGAGUCAAUGCCUUCUCAGGCUUGCUCUUCUCCUUUUAUUACUUUUACUUGAACACACUGGCUCCUCCCGGUUUGCGACGUGUCAUAGAUAGCCUUUUGCAUCUGCCUUUUUCUGCCGAAAUGCUUGGGGCCAUACCCUGCGUCCGCAUCUAAAGCAGUGUUCAGGCUAUCAGCGACGCGCAAUCCAUAUAUUGAAACUGAUUGGCGGUGGGCGAUGAGGCAGUGGAAUCAAAUCGCUCUGGGUUACUGGCGUUGGGUGGCAUACAUGGAAUGGAGUUUAUAGCGAAAACUGAUCGUUGGAUUAAGUCUCAAUGAUUUUGUAUGUACCUGUGACAAUAGCACAAAACUUGCC